AUGAAGAUGAAGGCCCAUAUGUCUGUGCCCACAGGGCACCCUGGGGGAACCCCCCAGCCAAAUACAAAAGUUUCACACAUCCCAGAGCACCGGGAGAGCAAGGAUGUCGCUCUUAUCGCCGCGAAAACAAUUAAUGAAGAUGUAGGAUGGAUCCUGGAUUUCUGCAAGGAAUUUAAAUGUACACCGUACAUCUAUACGAUGGACGAAGUGCCUGAAGAUGGCUUCCUUGUUCCCUACACACUUAAAGGCAAUGAAGCAGGUGCCUAUCUCACCUACAUCGUCGACCACUUCUAUGACCUCCACCCAUACAAUAUCUUUAUCCACGGUGCGGAACACCACUGGCAUAGUGAUAUAGCUGGGUCAAGAACCUCCGACGCACUUUCCAAUCUUCGGGUCGAAGCCAUGGCUUUCACCCGAACAAAAUAG